AUCAACAGUUGCUCAUUUUAAGACCACUUAUAAUGCAACAAUUCAGUCUAAAUCAGAAAAAUAAUUAAAUACAUAAAUUAAUUCAUGAAUUGACUGGUAAGUCAUAGGGAGUUGGCCCUAAAGAUGAGCGAAGCAGCAUUUCCAUCUCCCACAGCUGAAAUGGCUGAAAUAAACCGCAUCCACUAUGAACUACAGUACACAGAGGGCAUCAGCCAGCGGAUGCGAGUGCCUGAGAUGCUAAAAGUUGCACCGUACACUGGAGAGGAGAUGGAUGCCAACACAGCCUCGGAGGCACUGCACCCAGCCAUGAUGCACGUCCCUGACAGGAUUGUAGUGGCAGGAGACCAUGAAGAUGCCCACUUCUCCAGACCUAGAGAUCUGGACCUCAUCCAGUCCACGCCAGUUGAGGCUCUUUCUUUAAAAACCCCUCCCCGGGUUCUUACCCUAAGUGAACGUCCACUUGACUUUCUGGAAAUGGAACAACUUGGUGAAGAGGUACGACCUCAGAACAGGUCACGUAGAGAGCGGUCUGUCAGUGAAAACAUGACUGUACGUCACAAUGGCCAGGUCUCCAGAAAUGACUCCUCUGCUUUGCCUCCCUCUCCCUCUGCUUUGCGCACUCUGCCACUUCGCUGUCCUCUUGAUGAGGGUCAGGGUGUUUCUGGAGUACAUGGUGUUCUCUCCUUCCUCCAGUCCAGCACCCGUCGGGCUUAUCAACAGCUUUUGGAGGUCCUGGAUGAGAACCAGCGCAGUAAGCCUUCUUUGAGAGGUGGUUCCACCUCCUCUAACCUCCAGCAUGAGAACAGAUAUGCUCUAUCCACACUGGACACGACUGUAGAAGGUGGAGAUGACCUGGCAGUGGCAGAUGCUACGACUUUAAGGAGACAGAUUAUCAAGCUGAACCGGCGGCUGCAGCUUUUAGAGGAAGAGAAUAAAGACCGCAGCAAACGUGAGAUGAUUAUGUACUCCAUCACUGUGGCAUUCUGGCUUAUCAACAGCUGGGUGUGGCUUCGUCGCUAAAUCAUCCUAGUCGCCGUACUCCAGCUUCACUUUAACCUUCCUGCUAAAAGUGUCAAACAUCAGAUGUACCAGAUGUACUCUUACUGCACUUGUGUCUGAAAGCUCACAAGCCUCAUUGCCUGCACAAGAAGGUCAUAAGCCAAAAGACACCUUUCCUCUUUCCAUUACAUGUGUGAUUUUAUUUUUAUGUAUUUGUGUUUCUUCUCAUGCUCAUGCUACUCUCUUAAACAUGAGAGUUAGGUAAGCUAGCAACCUUACAGUACUUUUUAUUCAUUUUAUUCAGUAUACAGACAUUUUCAACAUCAUAAAGCUGAUUUUGAGUCGAAUUUUGCAUUUUGUAUUCUCACAAGCACCAUUAUAUCAUAAAGGCAACUUCAUUUAGUUCAGCUGUCUGAUAUUAGAUGUGGUACAUAUGGACUCAAGAACAUGGAAUGCACUGAUUAUUUAUUUCACAGGGUUCUGAAGUUUAAAUAAUAGUAUUUACCAAAUAUUGUAAUCAUAGCAAACAAUAGUCAUUUAAUAUGUAUGACAGAACAUAUUGCUGUCAGUAAAAUGACUUGAGAGCUCUGUGUUUGUUCUUUAAAAGUAUUUAUCAAAGGUAAUGUGUCUCAAAGUUUCUGUAAUGUCCUCAUGUGCUGUUUUUCAUGUAAUGUGAUUGUCUUGUUUGGAAAUGAAAGGCCAGUUAGGGAAUGGGAAACAUACAGCUAUGUACAGUCCUAUAAAGUAUUCUAUCUCUUUAAUUGUCUAAGUCAUAAGCACUAUAUGGUACUGUACAGAGCUUCUGUUUAAAUAAAUUAAAACAGUACCUCAAUA